GAAACCAACAAACACGGCAUGAACUUGAAAACUGGGGCUUUGGAUUCUCUGAAAGACUGUUAGAAGUGCCUGGGCAUGUCUUUGUUAAAGAAAACAUUACUGGUUUCGAUAAUGCCUACAUUCAUUACAACCCAAAGUGUGCAAACUGGCUUCAUGGAAUGAAACACCAGAAGCUCUUGGUGACUGUUGCCCUUAGAAACUGGCUCAUGCUGUUUCCAAAGAAACACGACCAACUAGCUCUCCACUUUGUGCUGUUUCUCGAAAUAUCAGGACGAGAUAUAGGCAUGCAGAUCUCACAUCCAACCAAGAUUGCCUUGGAUGACGACCGGAAUGAAACAUAUCUGAGGGCUUUGAGGAACUCUGUGACCUCUGACAUCCAGAUGGUGGUAUGCAUAGUCAGUGACAAGAAGAAGGACCGAUACAAUGCCAUCAAGAGGUUCUGUACAUGUGAGAGACCAGUCCCAUGUCAAGUAGUUAUACAGAAGAACCUGGCUGUGGCACGGUUGAUGAUGAAAAUGACUAGAAACAUAGCAAUACAGCUCAACUGCAAACUUGGAGGAGAGGCAUGGACGGUUCAUAUUCCUUUUGUUGUUCCUGUCAUGGUGAUUGGUAUCGACACCUACCCGGACAUGUCCAUGAGGAACUGGUCCGUGUGUGGCGUGGUUUGCAGCAUGAACACCAUCUGCACUCGCUUCUACAGCAGAGUCAUCUUCUAUGAAAGUCAUGAUGAGCUGAUCAAUAGACUGAUGCCAAUAUGUAGAGAGGGUCUGAGAAAGUACCAGCAAAGACGUGGUGUUCUACCUGAAAAUAUUUUCAUCUAUCGUGAUGGUGUCAGAGAGGGCCAACUGGAUGCCGUAGUCAGUCGUGAGCUGCCACGGGUCAAGGAAAUCUUUCAACUGUACAGGGAGAACUACAGUCCACAUUUGUCAUUCAUUGUGGUGAAUAAGCAAGUCAACACCCGGCUGUUCAUCAGGACCACUGAUGUGGAAAACCCUCCUCCUGGUACAGUGGUGGACUCUGUCAUUACCAAACAGGAAUGUCACAACUUCUUCAUGGUGAGCGACUCAAGGGGCACGCUGUCGCCAACCCACUACACUGUCAUCUUUCACAACUCGGGUCUUCUUCGAGAGUACCUGCAGAGAUUUACCUUCAAAUUGACCCACCUGUACUACAACAUGCCGAGGACCAUCCGAGUACCUGCCCCCUGUCAGUAUGCUCACAAACUGGCCUCUCUAGUUGGGCAGAGCCUACACGGGGAACCGUCAAUACACCUGGCUGACAGACUGUACUACCUGUAGUCAGGUCACGUCGUUAGUCAUCUGUACACCUGUCUGACAAACUGUACUACCUGUAGUCAGAUCACUUCGUUAGUCAUCUGUACACCUGGCUAACAGACUGUACUACCUGUAGUCAUAUCACUUCGUUAGUCAUCUGUUCACCUGGCUGACAGACUGUACUACCUGUAGUCAGAUCACUUCGUUAGUCAUCUUUAUACCUGGCUGACAGACUACUACCUGUAAUAAGGUAACCUGGAAAUAUGUAGGAAAUCUAGUUGAUGUUAGCUGAUGUGUGAGAUGUUUAAACACGCCACUUGUAUUGGCUGGUCAUAUAUUGUAGCAGUAGUGCAGUGUUGUGUGUCCAUUCCGUCUUGUUAAGUGUUAAUAGAGCAUCCUUUUUCUGU